AUGGAAGAAAUAGAUUAGAAGGCAUAUGAAAAUGUUGUAAGGUUUAUUACUAGAGAGCCUAUGAGAAUGACUACUGCUACUCCAGGCAGUAAAUCUGAUUCAAAGUCUAAAUAUAAAACUCUCAACUCCUUUUACACUAAUAAUAAUAAUAACAAAACUGCUUUUGAUAACUCUGUUGAAUAAUAAGAAAUAAAUAAUCAGUCAUUCUAACUAUAACGAUUCAGCAAUAAGAAAAAAUGGAUAGAGUCAUCUUAGAAAAACAAAUAAAUAUUGAGGUAGUAAAUUGAAAACAGUGGUAAUCCUAAGUCGAGAAAUGAGCUCACAAACAGCAUAAUCUUAAAUGCUUAAAAAUUCAAGAGUAUGAGGCCUAUGACUUCUGAUAAUACAAACAGAAGGAAUAACAUAAGUAGCAGAAAUCCUUUUGCUAUUGGGUCAUCAACGGCUUUUAAGAAAAAUAUGAAUACCAAAAUUAUAGUAGGUGGGGGCUUAGGUGAUUAAACUGCCUAAUCUACAUCACUCAGUUCAAAUCCAUUUAAACUAACCUCAAAAGAAUAAAAGAGUUACUCUAAAUUCCCUUAGAGCAAUGUGUCGACUAACUUUACCCGUGCUUAAACUGCUUAGAAAAGUUAAAGAUUACAAAAUCUAUCCACUCAAAAUAACCUUAGUGUUUCUUUAAAUCAAUAGCACUAGCUAAAUAUUAGCAUUGAUAGAACAAACAAUCAAAGCAAUGAUAGAGUAAAUCCCUAGUAAAUGUACUAUGGAGACAUUUUAAUUACACCAGAUGCUGGCAUAAUUGUUGACAGACAAGAGAUUAUAGGUAUUUUGCAAAAAAAAGCUAUAACUAACUAAAUUAGGUCCAAGUCAAUCAGCUAAAAUUCAUAAAGCCAUGCAGCAACCACACCGCUAAAUAUGAAACGAAAAGCAAAAUAGCAGAUUUAGAAAUUCGAGAAUGUAUAGGAAUACGCAGAUAAAAAUUAGUAGGAUAAUUUUGAAUCAUAUGAAAGGAUAGCUGAAGCAAGACAAAAGCUCAGAUUAGAUUCGAGAAUAACUGCAGUAAACACUUAGUCGCCCUAUAAGUACUUAACUAUCACUUAAGUAAAGGAUGUCGAGAAAAGACUCCUCAACACUUACGUUCAUAACUAUAAAGAUAAGCUGUGUCUUACAAACGAAGAAACUACACAAAACAAAGGAUUAAGAAAUAGUGUAAGUAAGAAAAGGAAGGAUGAAGAUUUUAGUUUAGCUGUAGACUUUAAUGAAUUGAAACAGCUCAAAUAGGCAACUGAAGAAGCAGGCUUCGAUCCAUACACUUAAUAUCUAAAGAUCAAGCGGGAUCUUAAACAUCAGCAGCGCUGCAAUAUAUAACCAUUGAUUGACAAUGGUAGAAAUCAAAGUCCAGAUUAAUAUGAUCCUGACGAAUUAAUGCACUAAUCGAAUAAGUUCAAAAUAGAUGAUUCAGAAAAUCUUAUAAAUAAUGAGGCAAUUGCUAAAAAACUAAGGAAUAUUGAUGAAGAAUAGUAAAUUAAAAGGCUUUUGACAUAGAAUUAAGAAGACAUUUAAAAGCAUAACCAUAAAUAAAGAAGAUAAAUUAAGAAUAAGAGGGUUUUUGAAAAGGAAAGUUUGGAGAAUUUGCAGAAAGUAUUUUAUGAAUAAAACCAUCGAACAUAAUCAGUUUCAUAGAAUGGGAAUCAUCUUAGGAAAACUAGUCAAAACAAAUCUGAAAAUUAAUUCAACUAAACUUUUGACAAUCUGAAGGAUAUUUGGGUUAAUCUAAGAAACUAUAAAUCUACAUCUAAGUAGAUAGAGAAUAAGUAUCGUAAAAAGAUUAAUAGCUGUAAAAGAAACUUUAAUAAAAUGGACUGCCAAGCAAAUGAGGCUUCUAGGCAGAUUAAAAAGGAGUAAGAGAUGAUUUAAAUUGAAAAGGAGCAGUUAGAAGCUAAGUAAAUGUUUGAAUAGAUGUAGAGACUUGACAAUGAAAGAAAAUAAGACAAAUAUAAAAGACUUAAAAGUGUGUGGUGA